AUGGAAGAGCCUUCUGCGCCCGGUCGAGGCGGCCGCAAGCGCCGCGGCGGUAAGCGUAAGCGCAGUACCAGUCAUCAAAGCGCCAGUGAGGAGCGCAAGACGGAGGAGCCGCCGCCCAAGCAAGAGGAAGAAGAAAAACAGGAAGAGAAACACGAGGACAAGACUCCCCAGAAGUGGAGCUGCCCGGCCUGCACGUUCUUAAACGAGGCGUCGCGCUGCUUCUGCGAGAUGUGCGAGACCCCGAAUCCGUCACCGUCCGCCCCCCGUGAACUCGGAACCGCCUCCUCGGACUGGAGUUGUGCAGCCUGUACUAUGGUGAACCCCGCGGCCAUGCGCGUCUGCGGCGUCUGUGGGACGUUGAAUCCGAGACCACCGAUGCCUCCGGGUCUGAGUAUUCGCUUGUCGGACGCGCUCGGAGGCGGAGAUGACUCGUUCUCGUCUUCCAGUGAGGACAGCGAGGACAGUGACAGUGGCGAUGAAGAGGAGGAUACUUGGACCUGCACAACAUGCGACUCGCUGUCCAGUGGACGCACGUGUGCGAACUGCUUUGCGCAGCGUCCAAUAGCUGCACGGAAAGCAGCAGACGAGGAAAACAGCAGCGAGAAAAAGCAGGCGAAGAAACGGAAGCGACGAAAACAUGAGAAGCUGCAGGAGAGAGCCAAACUGGCUUAUGGCGUUUCUAUCUAUGAGCUCAAGAAGCUGGUCCUGGAACCCACAGGCAGUCGCUUGGUCGACACGUUGCAGACAUUGACACAUACGCUGGCGAUGAUGGAUGCGUCAGCCGAUAAUGAAUGGGCCGACGGACCGUCGUUUCUCAUCCGUGGGUUUGGCGGUGGACGAUCGUCAGAGACAGCGAAAGACCCGGAGCUAUUGACAGUCCUAGCAGAUAUUUUUCGUGGACAGGAGCGGACGUAUUCGGUGGAAGUUCGACUUCUGGCAGUGCAGUCCAUUAACUAUUUGAUGAAGAUGGACCGGCACAUGUUUGCGCGGGCGAAAAUGGUGGAGAUUGUGGGGUUGUAUAUCGCCGAACUUUUAGCUUGGAAGGACAAAAGCAGCACAGGUACUGGUGACUCUAAGACUUCGCAGAUGAUUGUGGAAGAAUGUUUAAGCGGUCUAUCGAGUGUGUGCAGCACAGAGGUGUUCGCUCUUCGUGAACUGCUAGCACAGGAAAAGUUUCUCGGGUAUUUGGAUUUCUUGCUGAGUCUUGUCGAUGGAGAUGAAAAAGACAGUGGCUUUCAUCCAAGUAUUGUGAUGACGGCGCUUGGUAUCUUGCAGAAAUGCUGCAUGAAGUUGCGAUGGAGUGGGAAAUCCAGUUCAAAGAGCCGUUUGAAUGACAGUAAGAAAUCGCGUUUAGCUUCUCCAAAGAAAAUGACCCUGAGUGGCGAGCUUACGCUGGAGCUUGCAAUUAAAGUGAUUGGACUUUUGCGUCGUGCUUUGGAGCAUAAACACGUUCCUCUACACGUUAAGGCAGCGAAGUGUUUGCUGCUAAUAUUCCAUCGGACUCCUCAUGAUCAAGUCAGAGAGCUUGUGACACCUGAAAUUCUACGCAAGUUCGUUGCAGUCGUAGUAAACACCGACGGCGAAGAAUCAGAUGAGUCUCGUCUUGCAAUGGUCAACCUGUUGCUUCAUUUAUUCGACAAUCGCCCACAGCUUGUCAACAUGUUCGUACAGGAGAAAAUUUAUACAGACUUGUUCAAUGGCGUCCUGCAAAUACUACAAUCCUCGUCGACAGCUUUGCGGACCAAUACCUUGAAGCUCACGGCAAUGCUUACUCGAGUGAUAUGCAGAAAUCAUUCGUCUGGAUCUGUUGCUUCUGGAAAGUCUUCUCCUAAAAGAUCUGGAUCACGUUCGCCCCGGAAUCGACGCAAUCGCCAACGCUUGAAUUCGUUACCAGACCCAGACGUGCUGUCCACGCUACUACUCGAUUUUAUCCGUACAGAUUCAAUUCCUGCUGUAAAUGUACUUUUGAAGGACGGCGCAGACUUGAACUUCCCGAAAAUGUAUGAUGUUCACGGGAACGAGAUCGACAAACCUCUCAAUAUUGCAGUGGAGUCUGCUUCGCUCGGAAUGGUACGACUACUUCUAAAGCGUGGCGCUGAUGUUCAUCAGGUAGGGAUCGGAGGUACAGCACUACACGUUGCUGCUAGAAUUGGUCGCUGUGAUGUCGCGGCGUUUUUACUGCAAUGUGGAGCACGUGUGCAAGCUAGAGAUCGAGAAAAGAAAACUGUCAUGGAUGUGGUGAUUGCAGCAGACAAGGAAGCCAGCGAGAGUUGUAGAGUGGUGUCCAUUCCGUCCCCUAUGAAAAAGUUGCUGGAGCUUCAUCAACGAACUGCAGGUAUGCGAGAUUAUGACAGUGAUUUAUCAGAAGGUGAUGACAUGGCUGAUGGCAGGAGUCGGGCGUGGUUUUACCCGUCAGAUCACGAUGAUGAAUAUGGAGAUGAUGAUGAUAUGGAUGACGAAUUGGAAGGUGAAGGAGGCUACUUCAUGGAUUACGAUGAUGACGAUGAAGACGACGGCGAAGAUUUUGAGGGUACUAGGCAGCGUGGCGAUGAAAUGAGUGACGAAGAAAUCCCUAGUGAUGAUGACAUGGUCUUCUAUGACGGUGGCAUGUCACGCAAGUCGAGAUCGUCCAACAAACGCCGCCUUGGUUCAGUCUCAUCUGAAUCGAACGAGACUCCCCAGAGUACAGUGAGUGGCACCAGUUCGAGCUCUCCCAGACGGAGACGUGCAUCGAGUGUGAGCGACAAAGGAUGCCCGGAUGAAGAUGCAGCGAUGGAACAAAAGACUUGCAGUGCCACAGCUGACGAGAUUUAUGAUUUUAGUCUCGCGAUUACUCAAUGCUUGCUGGCCGUGCUGCACGAUAUGGAUAUCCAGAACGUGGAGCGGUCUGUUAUCUCUACAGUGGCAUGUGUGUUGGAAAUGGCACCUUCGCAGCUAAUCCAUUCGUUAAAAGAAGCAGAUGUGGUGCUCAUUUUGGACACAGUACACUUCUUGCUUCAAGGUGAAAAACAUCACCAUAUCAGCUCGGACACAGCAACACCUAUGGCAGGCGCCGUGCCGUCAGUGGCGUCUUCGGCAACAAGCACUCAAACUGCAAAUGUGGCAGCGCACAACUCCAACUUACCGUCGUUUAUCUUAGCAGUCCGUAUGUUGCAAGCGAUAGUGAGGAAGUCGUCCAAGGAAUCUUCAAUCUUCCAUCAGAUCGAAAGAAGGGGUAUCAGUGAACAGAUCGAGCAGCUGAAUGACGCAUCGGCGUGCUGGGUCAGUACAUCCCAAGAGGGAGCUUCUCGAAGCAGCUCUCGUGAUACCAUUUUCGGAAGAGGGCUGGAUUUGCUGAAGUCGCUACGUGCAGAUAUGCUCGAGAGCGGAAUGCUUCAUCUCCACAAGCUCCGAAACCUUUCGAGGCGCUUGAAGGAAUUUUCGGAUGCGUCUCCUUCAUGCGAAAAGGAACUCAUUUUGGUGGACUUAGUGGAACUAUUCGAGGAGCCGAACUCUAUCACAACGUACGAGUUCAAACAGUCGGAGUUGUUGCCUGCGAUUCUUCAGUACCUAUCGCCGCAGGGUGAGCUGGACGAAGUCCGAGCUAUGGCGCUGAUGCAGACUUUCGAGCGUUGCCCAGCUGCACUGAAACAUGUGAUUUUUCGAUUGCAGAGUAUCAUUACUCAAGAGGAAGCGUUUCCAUUGGUUUCUUUCAAUAUUGGCAAGGGAAGAGAGCUGUAUCCGCUGGCUCGACAGCUGAAGAUUGCGGUUAUGCGACCUGGCGACAGAGGUGCUGGCGAUAGACCGCCUGGAGGCUCUUCUAGUCGUCUGAAGGGAAAGUCUAUCCACUCAUCGCCACUGACACACUUCCAGUCGUUUGAGAGAACGGUCUCCCGCUCCAUGCCUGUGAUCGAUUCGGAUCUGUCUUUGCUGUAUCUGAACCUGGUGGGGCAUUCCAUCCAAAAGGUGGUUGAGGGCAAGUGGAGGAAGUUCUUAGUUGUGGGGUAUGAUGAUACGCGUUGUUAUCACCUGCUCAAACCUAUUGGCGGUACAAAUGAUGAUCUAGCUGAGAUGGUGCUUCAUGACUCCCAGUGCAAGUUGAUUGACAGUGUUAAUGUGUACGAAGGCGUUACGUUGGAUCUGGAGCUUUUCGGGUCGCCCGAUGGAGCUGAUAGUGGCGGCAACUCAGAUGGCAAGAAGAAGCGAAAGAACAAUAAGCGUAAACGGAAGUCAUCCACGCAGAAGCAGCAGCAACUUGAGAAUGAAGGUACCUUACAGGUGGAGGUGAAAAACUCAGGUAUGCUGAAAAUGAGAAGUCUACCGGGAGCUUGGUAUGCGGCAAUACUGCUGGACGAUUCAGGUGAGGUCCGAAAAUCGAGUGAAGGGAAGAAUCCGACGUGCGAAGAGGUGCUUGCAGCUCAGGCUACCCACUCCGUCAAAUUGUUGCCUGAAAACCGAAUUGUUCGCAAGGUUCCAGCUGAUUGCAUUCGUCCGCGGGCGCUUCAGCCCCAAAUUGGCAGUGUUGUUGAGAUGGACGGCUGUUUGGGAGAAGUCACCCGCAUCUACAAUAAUGACCGCUCGUCCAGUAGUGCUGCUAACACAUUUUUGGAUGUGAAAGUCAACUCCUAUACUGAGAAAAAGCGUGUGAAGAAGGAUCGUGUCCGGUUUCCGGCUCAAGAGCUUCCUGUGCCUAAAGAUGAUGAUGAGAGCGAUCAAAUUGAGGCGAUGAGCAUUCGGCGGCUGUUCCCUGCUCGAGAUAGUUCGCUGCUGGCCGGUAGUGUUGGUGACCGUGUGUGGGUUUUGCCUCCUUCGGGCUCAUCUGUUACGGAUAUCUGUGUGGCGGGAACGAUCAAGAACUUUCCCUCCGGUUUGGAUUCCAUUCGUGACUCAUCGACUGUUGUGGUGGAGAUCGCGUUUGGAUCAGCACAACCUUCACUCGCUGUGAAGGUGAAUCAAGAUCGAAUUUUGAAUUUUGCUGUUGACGGCGGCGUGUUAUCUGGUCGUGGUCCAUCUCGUCUAUUGGCCGCACUGCAAAUGGCAUCGGGCCGCGGUGGCUCAAGCAGAUUAUUCGGUGGAGGGCGUAGUGGCCAAGACAGUAGCACCUCUGCUAUUCAUCGGGCUUUUGAAAGAGUUGCAGGAUCGCUACAGCAAAAUCGACUCGGAGGGGGCCUAGGGUCUUCAGGCAGCGCAAUGGACCAUAUCCGAAGUUUGAUGUCGCGUAACUCGAAUGUUACUGGCCCUAAUGCACCCAGUGACAUUGAAACUGCGGAGCAAGCUCCAACAACUGCACAAGGUGCUGCUAGAGCAAAUUCUCCUCCGAAUGAACCGAGUGGAAGUGAUGUGCAAGCUGAUGAAGAAGCGUCAGCGUCGGUAACCGCAUCGUCUUCUAAUUCAAAUGCGACCAGCCAGCGGACGUCGUCUGUGGGUGAAAAAUCGAGUAAAAAGGGCACAUCGACGGUGGAAACGUAUCUUAAGAAGCCGCAGGGCGCCAAGCCCAAGAUGACUUGUACGCAAUUGCCGAAGGUGAACCUCGUGGUGGGUUUCCGCAAGUGUGACGCCAGCGUCCCAUCACAGGAUCGAAUUGUGAUCUCGUCUGAAUUUGGUUUGGAGCGCGUUGACAGAAACAAGGUGAGCAAGGACACACCUGCAACACCGCUUCUCACUAGGCUGGAUCCAUCCACCCAAAGGUAUGAACCAAACGCUGGUGUUCGUAAGGCGCUGCUCGAUGUCUUCCAUUCAUUCAGUAAAGAAUCCGUCUCUGGGGCCUCGCAGAAGAAAAAACGGAGAAAGUUGUCGCCUGAUGCUCAACGAAAAGCUUCCGCGGAGGCAGCUCCUUGGGACGUUGAGAAAUUUAUUGCGUUUAUGCUGGCAGUACGGGGUCCGUCCCAGUACGACCACCCCGGGUCAAACGCGAAAUAUUGCGUUACCUUCUCGAAGUUUGCAGAUCCCGAAACGAAUCGGAGACUACUGGCAGCUGAUGGAUUUCUCGCGCUUAUCGUUCAUGAAUGCAAGGAUGCUGUGAAGUCGAAGCAGUUGCUGAAGUUUUUGCGAUCACGAGGCUAUUCGGAGAAAUCGCUGACUUCUAGUGGAUCUCGCAGCAGCAGUGGGGAUGAUGAAGAGAAGGAUUCACCCAAUAGUGCAUCCAAGAGCGCCCAUACAAAAAUACCCGGCAACAAAUUGCUGCGACAGCCCGUGGUUUUACGUGGAUUUCCUGCUGAUCAGAAUGUGCUAAAAUGUUUGGAGGACUUACGCCAAGAGCACCGUACAAGAGCCUGCACUAGCACUCUCACUAAUGAUGCGAGUUCUUCUGGGGCGGAUGCUGUCUUACCACCCUGGAAGCUGACGUACAAACUGUACUGCGAUUUCCAAGUGGAAUGGGAGACACAGUCUUCUUCGAACACGAGCACAUCUGAGUCACUGGGCUCUGGUGCUAUGUCGUUGGAGUCUCUAGCAGUUCUGGAGUCUAAACCGCCUACACGGGUAUUGCUACAUGGUAUUGUGGAACUGGAUGAGAUGAACGCAAGUAGCGCUGCAGAAGCGUCUCGAUGGCUAAGUCGAAUCACCGCCCCACAGACUGGCAGUGGCAAGGUUAAUGUGUCGGACUCGGUGGCAAGUGCAGUGCGCUUGCUCCGCUAUUUAUUCCAAUUCCGGGGGGAUGUGGCGUCUCUGGAUGAAGCACUAUGGACGAGCCCGCGAUUGUAUAAUAAGCUGGAGACGCAGAUGCAAGAUGUGCUCUCCAUGUGUAGUGGUAUUUAUCCGCCCUGGUGUGAUGCACUAGUGACCCAUUGUAAGUUCUUCUUCCCUCGUGAACUACGGGAGAAACUGUUCCGCUCGACGUCAUUCGGCUGCACGCGCUCGUUGCAUUGGUUCCGCAAUCAGCUGAAUAUUGAGGAAGGCUCAGCCGACUCCAUGCCAUCGAUGGUGGGAGGCGGCAUCUACAACCAAGAGAUCUCGAUUUCUCCAAUUCCGAAAGAACGCGUCAAAGUACACCGCGAAAAUAUCUUGCAAUCCGCCGAAGCAGUGAUGAAAAUGCACGCCAAGCGCAAAGCUAUCCUGGAUGUGGUGUUUGUUGGAGAGAAGGGCUAUGGGUCGGGAGUGACGGCCGCGUUCUACUCAACGACAGCGCACGCACUGCAAGCGGUGACAGAGAAUCAGAAGAAUCGGUACUGGAUCCCUGGUGAGGACGACGAGGCUGAAGCCGUCAAAGCAGAAGCUCGACGAAAGGAUGAUGUUGGCGUCGCGGGUGGUAUCGCUGAAGAUGUACCUGUGGUUCGACACUCUAACGGUUUGUUCCCGUACCCUCACCGCAAGCCCAGCUCAAAGCUUGUCGAGCGUUUCCGCAUGAUGGGUAGAUUGGCAGGCAAGGCACUGAUGGACGAGCGUCUGCUCCCGUUACCACUGUCGCCGCAGUUUGUGAAGCUUGUGGUUGGCGAAAGUUUCGGACUGGAGGAGCUGGGCGACAUUUUCUUGAGCCAUGGGCGCAUUUUAUAUUCAAUGUAUAAGGCUUCCAAGAAGCUCAGAGCUGGCGAGCAGAGCGUCCAAAUCGAUCAGAUGGACGUCCAGGAUUGGUUGGAGGCCGUCGGGUUCACGUUUAUCGACCCCUUUUCGCAAGCACCUUUGGUUACUGGAGGGGACGAUAUUGCUGUGACGGCAAGCAACUUGACGUUAUACGUACGAGCUGUGCUGGAGUUGUGGCUCGAUUCGGGCAUUCGUGCGCAGGUGCAGGCUUUCCGUGAGGGUAUUAGUGAGGUGCUCCCGGUGGGGAAGCUGAGGUUGCUGUUUGUUCCAGAGUUGAUAUCGCUGCUGUGCGGUGAGGAAGAUAUCGAGUGGAAUGUGGAGUCGUUGGUGAAGGAUACGAAACUUGCCCAUGGCUACACGAAGGACAGCCAACCCGUGCAGUUUUUCUUCGAAGCGCUAGAGGAAAUGUCUGCUGCAGAGCGCCGAGCAUUCCUGUUGUACGCAACGGGAUGUCCGAACCUGCCGCCUGGAGGUUUUCAAGCGCUUAAGCCACCCUUCGAGGUUGUCCGCCGAGUCGUUGAUAAUCUGGAUGUGGAUCGUGCUCUGCCAUUUGCACGUACAUGUACGAAUACGCUGCAUCUACCAGCCUACUCCAGUAAGGAUGUGCUUGUCAAGCAGAUGACCUUCGCUAUUGCCAAUAGCCGCGGUGUCAUCGACCGUGACUGA